ACUCAAAUUUAACAGAAUCCACCUUAAAAUCUCUGCCUUUACUCAUGCUCACCUUCCGCUACACUGAGCGAGUAUUUGCGAAAGAAAAAAAACACGAAGAAAACUUGGAGUUAAUAGGGUAAUAUCGCCUUGGAGAGAAGGACACUACGAGAGAACCAUUUGGAAUUGAGGGACUAGGAGGGGGGCGAGUGAGUGCUCUCAAAGCAGAAAAUUUGAUGAUGACCAUGACUACGAUGGCUGACGGGCUGGAAGCUCAGGACUCGUCCAAGUCUGCUUUCAUGGAGUUUGGUCAACAGUCGCACUCACAACAGAGUUCCCCGUCAAUGGCUGCCAGCCACUAUCCGCUCCACUGUCUCCACUCCGGGUCCCACGCUCAUCACCAACACGACAAUUCGCCGUACUCCGCCACGAAUUCGUACAACAGGUCCCUACCUUACUCGUACGUGAGUCAUGCUCACCACAGCCCAUACCUUCCGUCGUACCACAGUAACAGCACCGGCGGUCAAACGAGGUUAGAUGCUACAGAACAGCAGAAAACAACAGUGAUCGAAAAUGGAGAAAUUCGAUUCAACGGGAAGGGCAAAAAAAUCCGAAAGCCCCGGACCAUUUAUUCCAGCCUUCAACUCCAAGCGUUAAAUCACCGUUUCCAGCAAACACAGUAUCUUGCACUACCGGAGAGGGCUGAGCUGGCAGCUUCGCUUGGUUUAACACAAACGCAGGUAAAAAUCUGGUUUCAGAACAAGAGGUCGAAAUUCAAGAAGAUUUUAAAAUCAGGAGGUAGCCUGCACGAGAGUGACCUACUGCCCGGGUCCAUCGCUCUGUCUCCGCGCUCUCCUGCAAUCCCCCCAAUAUGGGACGUCUCGGCUUCGACAAAAGGAAUGAACAUGACGCCCAACGGCUACAUGCCCGGCUACUCUCCCUGGUACUCGUCACCGCAUCAAGAAUCAAUGCAGAGAUAGGCUGCCCGUGUCGACUAGGCCCGAGGCCUCCCCGAAGAGAUUCUAAUUCUAAUCUACCUGCACAAUGACAUCCUCAAGCCUCAAGAGAAAGACUCCGUCCAGCUGAAGGAGUGAUUAAACAAAUAUAUUGAAGGAUGACAGAAGACUGUCCUUUUCGAUAUAGGUCGAGUGGCAAAGGAACUAACCAUUUUAGCAUUUGCUGUUCAGUGGGAUUGCAUCUAAUAUGCUUUCAUUCUUGUCAUAAACAGACAUUUUCAGAAACCAAAUAUAUCACCAAAUAUCACGUUUUUGGAACAGGACUUAAUGCAGGUUACACUACGCCAUGAGUCUCACCUGAACAUGAA